AUGUGGCAUCAGCUGUUCACAAUCUAUACCCAGAGGAUGAAGGAUCUGGACGAGGGAAGCAGCUGUAAGUUUGCUGAUGAUACUGAGCUGAUUGACAGUGUGGACUGUGUGGAGGAUUUAGGGGGUUGUAGAAAGUUUGUGAAUGAUGACAUUUUCAACCUGAAGUCCAUGAAAAUGGACUUGACAGAAUUUGAGGCUCUUGAUGCAUAUGCUUGCAAAGUUCCUCCAAGGAGUUCUGUGUCUGCCCUGGUACAGGACUUGUUGCAGUAUGCAAGCACAAAUCUGGAGAAAAUUCGAGCCAUAUGGAUGUGGAUCUGUUGUCAUAUUGAGUACGAUGUGAAGGGAUACCACAAUAAGGAGCAGUUACACUCUGGCCCAGAUGACGUAUUGAAGACUGGAAAAGCAGUGUGUGCUGGGUAUUCGGGACUCUUUUGUCAAAUGUGCAGUUUUGCAGCUGUGGAGUGUACUGAAAUCUCAGGAUACUCCAAAGGCUAUAAUUACGAUGUUGGGAAGAAGUUCAAAGGAGAUUCGGACCAUGCAUGGAAUGCCGUGUUUCUGGAAGGGAAGUGGCAUCUCCUGGACAGUACGUGGGGAGCGGGUCACGUUAACGAGACCUGCACCAAGUUUACCCGCAAGUACGUUGAAUUUUAUUUCUUCACACAUCCAUCACUUUUCAUCAAUAAUCAUUUCCCCAUGGAAGAAAAGUGGCAGCUGAUUUCUCCAAGGAUUUCCCUCAAGAUAUUUGAAAAUAUGGUGUUCAGAACUGGUGAAUUUUUUAAUAUGGGUCUGACAUACAUCCACCCAGAUGUGCAGGUGAUAUCCACAGUAAACGGAAGAGUGAUCAUCAACGUGGAAGGGCACUCCCCAACCUUGUUCAUGUACAGCCUGGACGACAGGAAGGACUGUGCGAUCAUAACCCUGACCAGGUACGGCAUGAAGCUGGAGGUCCUGCCCCAGAAGACAGGAGACCACAAGUUAAAGGUGUACGCUAAACUGUGGGACUCCGAAGAGGAGACGUACUCUUUCAUUUGUUCCUAUUUAGUUAAAUGCGAGUCGGUGGAUGAAAACUUCAAGCUGCCGAAGGCGUUUCACAACCCGAUGGGUCCCAGCUGGCUCACGGAGACCAAAGGUCUGCUCCAGCCUUCACACCCCGAGCCCCUCAUCUACUGCAACGAUGGCCAGUGCGCUGUGCGCUUUCUGGUGAACAAGGAGCUGAGCUUCGCCAGCAAGCUCUCCUGCGAUGAGGUCAAGCUGUCAGAUGAGGUCAUGAGGAACCAUGUCUUCAAAACCCAAUUCGGCAAUUGGGUGGAGUUCAAGAUCCAACUCCCCCAGUCCGGCCUCUAUGUGUUUGCAAUCUUUGCCAAGGACAAGGCGAGCCGCAGCCCCACACAUGACCACGUCUGCGAAUAUUUAAUCUCCUGUGCCAACCGCAAUGUCCACUGGCCGGGCUUCCCCAAGAUCUUCAGCUCCUGGACGGACGGGUGUGAACUGGUGGAGCCUCUGUCUGGCACCCUACCCCCAAACCAGAUGGUCAAGUUCAAGCUCAAAAUCCCCCAUGUCAGGAAAGUUCAGGUGUAUGGGAAGGGACCGUGCCCACUCAACAUGAGCAAAGACGGCUACUGGGAGGGCGUCUGCAACACCGAGGACGUCAAGCACCUCAACGUGGGGGUGUCGGACAAAAUGUUUGACAACAAGAUUACAUUUGCCCUUCAGUAUGAAGUGAGAGGCACAUAA